AUGAUCACUGAGCCGCAGAAGAAAAGUUCAGAGGACAUAUUGAAUGCAUUCAUGACACAGUCACACAAGAAUAUGGAGCAUUCCAAUCAAAGGCUAGAGAAGGUUGAGAAUGAUAUGCACAGUAUGGCAGUACAUAUGAAGAGCCUAGAGACGCAGAUGAGUCAGAUUGCUCAAGCUGUGAGCAGUAAGCAUACGCCAAGGCAGUUCCUAGGACAGCCAAAAGUAAACCCCAAAGAUUGCAAGGCAAUUCAUUUGAGAAGCAGGAAGAGUUAUGAGGGUCCUUCUAUGCAAGAAAUCUCACCAAAACCUACAUUUGAGCCCAAGAGUGCACUAUUGGAAGAAGUAGAAGCGGAGAAAGCGGAGGAGCUUAAAACAUCACCACCCGCAGUUCAACCCGAGGUAGGCACACUAGUCAAGCCAUCGGAGGUUAGAGUACCAUUUCCCCAAGUGUUGCAAAAGAAGACGAACGAUGAACAGUUCUCCAGAUUCUGGGACAUCUUCAAGAAAGUACAUAUUAACAUCCCACUAAUUGAGGCACUUCAGCAAAUGCCUGGGUAUGUUAAAUUUCUCAAGGAUGCGGUCUCCAAGAAGAAGAAAUGGGGACAACAUGAGACUGUCAAUUUGACGGAAAAUUGUAGUGCAAUUCUUCAAUGGAAGCUUCCGGCCAAGAUGAAGGAUCCAGGGAGUUUUACUAUUGAGUGCACGAUUGGAGACUACUUUGUGGGGAAUGCUUUAUGUGACCUUGGAGCGAGUAUCAACCUCAUGCCAUUGUCCUUAUACAACAAGAUGAAGAUUGGUCCAUUGAAGCCCACCACUAUCACGCUGCAGAUGGCUGAUAGAUCUGUGUUCUAUCUAUGA